UCAGACUACAUCAAUGCUAGUCUUAUGGACGGCUACAAGAGGAGCAACGCUUAUAUCGCAACUCAGGGUCCUCUGCCGAAGACGUUUGGUGAUUUCUGGCGCAUGGUGUGGGAGCAGAUGGUGCUGAUAGUUGUCAUGACUACCAGGGUGGUAGAGCGUGGGAGAGUAAAGUGUGGUCAGUACUGGCCGAAAGAGGAGGGGACAACGGAGCAGCAUGGACACUUCCUGGUUCGGAACACAUCCAUCCAGCUAUAUCAGGACUUUAGACUGUCUCACCUGGAACUAUACAACAGCCAGACAGGUGAGAGGAGGGAGGUCUCCCACUACCUGUAUGUCAGCUGGCCAGACUUCGGUGUGCCCAAGUGUGCGUUGGCCAUGUUGGAUUUCCGUGAGCACGUGCAGCAGCGGCAGGAGGCGGCGCUGAGGAGUCUGGGAGCUGAGUGGGUGGGACCCCCAGGUGGCCCACCGCUGGUCGUACACUGCAGCGCAGGCAUCGGACGCACAGGUACGUUCUGUACCCUGGACAUCUGUCUGUCCAGGCUGGAGGACAUUGGGACGGUGGAUGUGUGUGAGACAGUAAGGAGGAUGAGGACCCAGAGAGCCUUCAGUAUACAGACCUGGGAUCAGUAUUACUUCUGCUACACGGCCGUCAUCGAGUACGCACAGCGACGCGGCAAACUGACCCCGGUACAGUGGUCCGAUUCAGACCUGGAGACAGACAGCGAGUGACGGGGAUGGGAU